AUGGAACAGUCUUAUCCAGCGAAACUCUCAGCAUUCACAUCCAUCAAUUCCGAUGAACAAUCGCCGACAACGAUUUGUGGAGAAGGAUAUAUCUACACAGGUCCGCUGAGUUCGCAAUGCUACCAACUUCCAUCGAAAUGUGUCGAAGAAGUCAAAUCUGGAACAACGAACAAUGAGACUAAUAAUCAAUAUCAAUUCAAAGUUAUGCUAUUAGGCGAUAGUGGUGUAAAACAUGUUUACUUAUACGGUUCAAUGAUGGCGCGUUUCUGA